GAGGUGGGAGGUGGUAGCGGUCGUUGAGACGGAGGCCUGAGAUCGACAUGUCCCCGGCGGGUGAGGUAGAGCGGCCCGUGGCGCUGUUUCUCUGAGUCCAGGGCGGCCUGGAGGCCGGUUGAGAACGACGGUUGGAGGAGGCUGCCCCCGCUUUGGUGGCCGCCAUGCUAGGGGCCCGGGCGGUUGAGGGAGCCGCUGUGGCACUCCUGCGACUGCUGCUGCCGCUGCUGCUGCCGGCGUUCAGCGGGCCGGGGCUCGGCAUGGUUGGCUUGGUGGGAGCCGGGCUGCCCGAGAGCGUAAUUUGGGCCGUCAACGCGGGCGGUGAGGCGCAUGUGGACGUGCACGGGAUCCACUUCCGCAAGGACCCUUUGGAAGGCCGGGUGGGCCGAGCCUCUGACUAUGGCAUGAAACUGCCAAUCCUCCGUUCCAACCCCGAGGACCAGAUCCUGUAUCAAACAGAGCGGUACAACGAGGAGACCUUUGGCUACGAAGUGCCCAUCAAGGAGGAGGGGGACUAUGUGCUGGUGUUGAAGUUUGCUGAGGUCUACUUUGCACAGUCCCAGCAGAAGGUAUUCGACGUGCGACUGAACGGCCAUGUCGUGGUAAAGGACUUGGAUAUCUUUGAUCGUGUUGGGCACAGCACAGCUCAUGAUGAAAUCAUCCCGAUGAGCAUCAGAAAAGGGAAGCUGAGCGUCCAGGGAGAGGUGUCCACCUUCACGGGGAAACUCUACAUCGAGUUUGUCAAGGGGUACUACGACAAUCCCAAAGUCUGUGCGCUCUACAUCAUGGCUGGGACGGUGGACGAUGUACCGAAGCUGCAGCCUCAUCCAGGACUGGAGAAGAAAGAAGAGGAAGAAGAAGAAGAAGAAUAUGAUGAAGGAUCUAAUAUGAAAAGACAGACCAAUAAGAACCGCGUGCAGUCCGGCCCCCGCACGCCCAACCCCUAUGCCUCGGACAACAGCAGCCUCAUGUUUCCCAUCCUGGUGGCCUUCGGAGUCUUCAUUCCAACCCUCUUCUGCCUCUGCCGGUUAUGAGAACAGAUUACCAUCCUGUGUAGGGUGGAGGGGUGUGGGAAAGAAACCAAACAUGUUGGUUUGGUUUCUAUAUUUUUGACGGUGAUUAAUGCAAGCAAACAAACAAACUAAAAACACCACAAAAAAAUUAAAGGAGAUCAAAAGAGGCAGAGUGAGUAGAGAGCAGCCCUCUUUCGCCACCACCUGGCCCCGAGCCUGCUGCAGCCCUGGGCCUCUCCGUGCGGCUGGCCCCCGGCCAGCCCUCUCCUCUCUAAGGUACCUCGGGUAAACGGGUCCUGCCUGUUCAAGGAGCCUCUUCGGUUUACCUGGUGGGAAGGACUCUGAGCUUGGAGCAGACCCCUUUUUUUAGGCUUGACACUAUCAGCAGGGACAAGGUCAUCUUCUUACCUGAGAAGACCAGCACUGGGAGCCAGGUGUGUCCCGAAGUUGUGUCCAGAUAUGUUUCCAGAUAUCCUGGGCUUGACAGUGUGUGUGGUUUGUGUGUGUGUGAAGAUGUGUACUUCGUAUGAUAAAGAUGAAAACAGAAGGGAAUUUUAAAAAGAAAGAAAAGUAUAUACUUUCUUACUUGGAAGCCUUUCUGGUUUUAGCCCGUUGAUGGUUCCACCUUACUGUUUGAGCUUUAUCGUCGCUUGUCUCCCUGACAGGGGCCAGUUAGAGGGCUGUCUGGUAUCCAAGACGAUUAGUUUAUGUCAGGUCCUCAAAUUGCCUCUGACUUAUUACCACAACAAAUCAUUUUGAUUUCAGUGCCUGUUGGGGACUUAAUUACUUCUCUCUCUCUCUCUCUCUCAAAAUUUUUGGUUGUUUCUUCAUCUGGCUCGUUUGAAUUCUCUCUCAGCCAUCUCACUAAAUUAUUGCCAAGGGAAGAAGACAUGAGGACUUGGGAUUCCCCCUGCCUGAGUGUCUUAUCAUCUACCACUUCACCUCGAUGGUACCUCCCUCCCUGGAUCUCUGAGCCAGCGGCCAGGAAGACCUGACCCAGCAGUUCUUUUACUGGCCCCUUUGCAGGGCCUUGCUGCCAGGGGACAGAGAUGCUUUCCAGCCUGCAGCAGCAGAACACUUGACCUUAAGAGUCUCUUCUGGUCUUUGGAUUAGAAAAGGCUUGUGUAAGCAUAACUUAAGAGCAACCUCAGAGACCUGAGCCCUACUAAGUGACUGACCACUGUUUAGAAUGUCUAGUAUCCGAUGUUCAUCGAUUCCUCUGUCCUUUUAUGUCACAGUUCAGCCAGUUUUGGGUUAUGCCCAGAGCUGUCCCAAGAAACUGAUGGUCUGUAUCUGGCGCAGGGACACUGCUCACCAAUCUCAGUAGUAUGCCCCUCUGUCCUUUCAUUUGCUUUCCAAGUAGCAGUCGGGUUCUUGGCGUGACAGGGCCGAAAGAUUUCCAGUCAAGCCAUCGUCCUGGUGGCUCUGCAGCCAACCUUAGCAUCUAAGUGUCCAUCUUGAAUUCCUUGGAAAGAUUUCUGUAGGAAAUGAAGCUUCCCUGCUUCCCUGCUCUCUGUCACUGUCAUCUUUUUCCCAGCUGUAAGGAGUGUUGUCGAUGGAAGGCAGCAGGACUGGCUUCUGCUUGGGUCCGAGCAGCAAAAGAAAUCUCAGGCCAAGGCAGUUUUUUUAAGGAAUACGUUUAAUCUUGGGUUCAUCUUUUUUGGAUAUGUAUUUUAAAGAGCUGCAUCUAUUUGAACUACUUAUUAUGUGACAAAGGAAGUAGCCCUAGGGCUCACAUCCUGGGUUUCGGCUUUUAAUGAGUGAACCCAGGCCAGCAUUUCGUCCUCUGACAGUUGUAGCCCUUUAUUUUAGCUGUGACUUCGGCCUCAGUACCAGGGUAUUGAGUCAGGCAGCUGGACGGUUGUGGCCUAAGGCUGCAGUUGGGAAUGUGGAGUGCUCCACAAAGCUCCCUGCUUUUAAAGGACGGCUUCUGAUAGCCUUGGUCCUGGGACCACCGGCCUGGGGCAGCGGACAUCCCGACUAUUACUUGGGCUUCUGACAGUGGCUUCAGUCCCCAUUCCAUCAAAUCCCAUUCCUUCACAACCCCCCAGAGCUGCGGGCUACUGCCGGCAUGGUUGGCCAGCCGAGGAAGGCAGGCUUGUUGCCUCUAUUCUGCCCUGUUAGUUUGCCUGGGUCUCACUGAGGAAGGAGGGGUCCCCGCCUCCUCGCCUCAGCGCAUCCCUUCAGUGACUCAGAGCCUCAGAAGGAAGCCCUGGCUCCUGGGGCCAUUUCCUAGUGGUACUGUAAGCCAAGCAGCCCUGCUUCUGCCUCUGUUUCCAAGCCCACCCUUUUCCCCUGAGCUCGGGGACAGGGAUGGGCACUUUCCUCUUUGGUCGUGUCUGAAAGGAAGGAACAUCUUUCUAUGACUGACAAAAACCAAAGGGGAAAUGAGGUAACAGGAAGAAAUGGUGGGGGCUGGGGUAGAGUCCCCUGGGCCAAGGGCUGGUCACAGCUGGCUCAUGAUGCUGAACUUGAAAGCUUUCCCCCCUAACCCCCCCAAGAAGAUAGAGGUACGUGAAGUUUAGGUUAAAGGGGUGGGAUGGGGCACUCUAUUUUUAUUUUUGUAUUGUGUGGGCUAAGAAUUACUCUGUAGUUCAUCUUUUGCUUUUUGCACUGUUUCUUCCCAUGCCUGUAUUCUGAGCUAGCGCUAGGGCUGAGAGCCUGUGCUGUAGGCGGUCUGUUAGGGUUGGGGGGUGAUGAGCGAUGGCAGUUGGGGGCGGGGAAGCAGAGGCCUGGACUUCUCUACUGGAUCCAUGUUCUGUCUUGGGCUUUUUAAUUUUUAGGCCUCCCUGAGCCCAGCUAGCCAAAGCUAAGAGCAGACAGCCAAGGUGGAACUCCCUUUGCCAGAAGCGUGGCUUCCGUUGUUUUGGCCGGCCACGCAAAGAUGUCUGUAGAAGAUGGCCAGAGAGCCUGCAGCAUCGCUCUGAUCUGGGCCAAGGGCCGGCAGGCCUCUAAUGGGAGUUUUCUGGGCUUCUCUUGUGCCGAAUCAUUGUGCCAGGAAACAAUCUGUGGGACCCAUGUCCCCUAAACUAGAUCCAUUCUUUGGAAAAAUUUCCGCUAUUAAGGAGAAGCUGCUCAGUGGAUACCUUGAGUUCUCAUGACUUGAAAGAUGGGCAUCUUCGAGGGGCAGUGCUGUUAGACUCCCGGGAGGGCCACGCGGCCUGCGGGGCCGCCUGUUGGUUUGAGAGAAUGAUCUUACUCUCGUUCCUGUUUGCCUAAGAGAUACCGGCCUGAAGUCGGGGCUCAUGUAAGAAGUCACUUAGGCUUGUAAGAGGUGGGGCUAAGUUUGAGUUGAGUUUACCUUCCUCUUUCUGUGCCUGGGAACUGUGUAAUCCAGUUUCAGAAUUGUGAUUUGACUUUAUCUUUUUGAAGAAGCUUCCGUUUUAAGGAAUUUCUCUUCCUUCUUACUCUGCUUCUGCCCUCUCCUGGGAAGGCCUGGCCAUGGCCUCAGCCGAAAGUCAGAACACAGCAGCAGUAUAUUCCCUCUUGUAGCACUUACAUACCUUUCCCUAGAAAAUGACCCACCUUGAGAAGCCCAGGGAAGGAAUCAGCAGGCUCCCUACCUCCCUGGGGGUCGGGGAAGGACCCGCUGGGUCAGCACCGUGCCUUUUCCGCUCCUGCUCUGAGCCGGGGUGGGCAUUCCCUCUGAUUCAGGUCUGGGCAGGCGUCUUUCUUUCAGUCCCUGCCAUGGGGCUGCUUCCCUGUCCCUUCUUCCCCCUUCCCUUUGCUGGCCAGCUCUGACCUAAUUCAAGUGUCUUCUUGCCCUGAGGAGCCUUAAUGGCAUCAAGUGGCACCAUGUAACAUUGUCCUCCGUUCCUCUCCAGAAGGACUGAGGAGAGCGGUUGAGCUUUCCAAAGUGGGAGACUAACAGAUGCUUCUGUUUAAAAAAUGGCGGAGGGAUAUGCUUUGGGCCGCCUUCUGCGCGGCUCCAGAGGAAGCCUGGGCUGGGGCUUAGUGACUGAUAAUGCAGAAGCACAACCAGUAAUACCUAGGAUCUGUUCCGAAAUCUUAGAAGAAAUCUGCUUCUCUUGUAUGGGAGGUUGUAAUUAGGGAUCAAAGAGCUCUAACAAAAUUGCAAAGAAGCCUUAAUGUUUGAGCUUCAGAGAGCUCAAGAGUAAUACUUCCCUUUCAGUCUGAGCUGGGACUCCUGCACUGAGACCUCUCCUGGAGCAAGAGGGCUAGGUUUCCUCAUUUUGUUACAAGACGAGAUUGGCACCAACAGGUCAGCUGCCUAGUGAGGGCGGGUUUCCUCUCUGUACACGGGUGGCUUGCUGCCGAUCUGGUUUGUCCUUCCCCAGCUGCCUUUUGGCAAGCCUACUUUAGGUUGCCAAAUCUUUUUGAUAAGAGCAGAUGAUUUGGGGACUGGCUGGGUUAGCAGAAAAAAGAGCAGGAUGGAUCUCUUGGGAUGGGCUCCCCCCGGAGUAUAAAAGCAAGAAGCCAGGACUGCGCUGGCAGCCAGGGAGACGGUAGUGCCUGUCGGAGUUGGCAGAGAGGGCCUGGCGCCUCUCGCAUCCAGGCAGUCUUGUGAGAUGGGGGCACGUAGCACCAGGCAAAGCAGAGCUCCAUUCUCACCUCUAUUUUGAGCUUCAGUGCUUUACUUCAGUUUGAGGAGAAACAAUAACAAACUGAAGUGCGCUUUCCGUCUUUCCAAAGGACAACUGUCAGGAAAGGAGGGCUGAGUUGCCAGGUGGGAGGGGAGAAUUGGCAGGGAGAGAUGGUACGGUGAAACCAGGAAUGAGACAUCCUUGACUCUUCUUCCCUGAUGUGUCAUGAUCCAGGGAAUGAAAAGAAAUUUGACCCUGGGUUAGUUUCCUCCUUGGGUUUUUCUUCCGCCAAGUUCUCCCGCGCUAGGACCGGCUGCCCGUUCCGAGUUCAGGGCAGCCUCUUCAGCCAUUCACCCGGCUUGUCGCGGAGCCAACCCCACCCCUCCAGAUUGGUCCUGGCUGCUCUGUUCUGUACCAAGUACUGGAGGAUAGUGUCUAGUUCUUAGUAGCCCUUUGUAGUUCCUACUCCAGGUUCCCAUCCUCUUCCUGCGGAGGUGAAACCAACUCUGUAGCCACAACGUGCAUUUACAGCGGCACAGUGAGAUGCGAUCGAGGGGCUUUGACCCUGGCUGGCCCAGGAAAGCAGUAGGGGUGGAUCGAGCUGUCUCCUUCUGGGCUGUCUCCACCUGUCCUUACCCCUUCCCUGCCCCACCCUACUCCCACCAAAAAGAAAAAAAAAAUCAGGAUGUUUUUCACU